AUGUGUGACUUGGCUGUCCUAAGUGACCUGACUGGCUCGGAGCUGUCUUUUGAUGGUUCUUGUGGUUCUAUCUCUUCCAUGGCAUCUAUCUGUUCCUUGGACUUUCUACGCGAUUCUGUGGACUCUGAUUCUGUGGACUCUGACGACGAGUCCAGCCUGACCUGCUUAUACAAGAUGGGGGAGAAUGUCUUUCCUACCGAGGCUCCUAGGAGUGCUUCCUUAGAGUCUGGGGCUAGUCCUCGCCCUGAGCCCCGCGACGAGACCGCCGAGCCGGCUAGUGGCUUAGCAAUAGACCCGCAGAACCCAUCUUUUACUAGCUACCGAGAAGCCACUCGCCAUGAGUCUGAGGCGUCUACGUCUACUAGACCAUAUAUUCGUCCUGCUCUAGCCUAG